CCCAGAGCAGACAGUGGAGGCGACUCCAGAGCCGGGCACCGAAUGCCUCAUCUGCAUGGAGCCUGUGGAGCACAGAAAGACUUUUAAUACCAUGGUGUGCCCAGCCUGCAAAACCGCCUGGUUCCACAGGGACUGCAUCCAAGGACAGGCUAUGCAUGCUGGUUUUUUCCCCAUCCAGUGCCCCCUCUGCAGAAAUGAUAACGCGUUUAUCAGAGAUAUGUUAACCAUGGGGAUCCGAAUCCCCUUGAGACCACCAUCAUGGGAGGGCAUUAAUGCAUUCGCUGAGCUGGGAGACAGACACAGGCGCUGCGAUGCCACUAAGUGCCUUUUUCCAAGAGGCAGGCAGGCGGCAGAGGAGGAGGGGCCCUGGGAACUGCUUCUGUGCUCCUCCUGUGCUGCCGAGGGCACCCACAGGUACUGCUCUGGCCUGAGGCACAGUAUAACCAGCUGGGAAUGUGAUGGCUGUGCUGGCCUGGGCACAGCUCCCCGAGAUGAGUCGGAGCUUGCUGCUGUCAGCGUGGCCAGACAGUCUGGACUGGAGCCUUCUGACGGCUCCAGAGAAGCCGAGACCAUCAGCCCCAACACAGGCAGCCUGGUGCUAUCAGGGCUGUCUCCUAGUUCUGCACCACUGGAGACCAUCAGCCCCAGCACCAGUGUACCUGUGCCAUCUCCCGGAACUUCAGCACCACAGAACAGACACCACCGUACCAACCGCCAGGCAACAUCGGAGCAGUCUCUGGAAUCUUCCUCACAGGAGACGAGCAGCUCCAGCCCUGACAGUCAGGUAACAUCGGGGUCAUCCCAGAGCAGCUUCACAGAAACUGAUGACAGCAGCUGCUCCAGCAGUCGGGGGCCUGACCGCCGGCAAAACCGCACCCGCCGGCAACAUUGGGCCCAAAAUCCACGCCUUCGGUCCAGAAGUCCCCAGGACAGGAGCCACGUACCAGCACCAAGUCCUGCGAGGCGCAGGACCAGGCUGAGACCAUCAGGGACAUCCUGCAGGCGAAACUGCUCCCGCCUGCAACGUCAGACUCCAAAUCCAUCUGGCCGGUCCAGAAGCCGCCGUGACAGGAGCCACGUGAGAGCACCGAGUGCUGGGAGGAGCAGCCGCAGCCAUCAAGCAUCGAGAACAUCCAACACACAAAGUCGCUCCCGCCAACGGCAACAGUUCCCAAAUCCAUCUGGCCGGUCCAGAAGUCGCCGUGACAGAAACUAUGUGAGAGCACCAAGUGCUGGGAGCCGCACCCCCAGCCAGGAAGCAUCAGGAACAUCCCGCAGGCGAAACCGCUCUCGCCUCCAACCGUCGGACCUCAAAUUCAUCCAGCGGAUCCAGAAGUCGCCGUGA